UUCUACAAGAGGCACCAUGGCGGCCGAAGGAUGGUCGGAGCGAGCGCGGAAGCUGCUGAAGAAGAUGAAUUCCUUUCACGGAGCAGGUACGACCGCGGGCUUUCCGCCUGAGCCGUUUUCUUCAGAAUUUAGCCACCGGACCGCAUACACACCCACACGCAAGCAGAUUUAAAGCCAGCGUUUAGGCGCCUUUCAAUAUUAAACGUCCUGGACAGGAUUGACAUUCAACCGCUAGAAAUGCAGAAAGCUUCAGCCAAAAAGGUUCUUUCAAGGCGCUGUGUUUGCCAUUUAUGGUUGCUGGACAACAAGUAGGAUAUGUCCCACCGGCUGUAGCCAAAUGUCUCCAUCAGUACCCGACUGUUUUCUCAGUGUCUCAGGGAGAUAAAGCCCCUCCAAAGGUGGAACUUAACAAACAACUGACUUCUUGUGACCAGAGGACAGCUGCGGUACAAAGAGUGCUCAAGGAGCUGAAAGCACAACAAGCUUUUCCUUGUUUAAAAGGCUGGAGGGAUGAGAUGUACAAUGUAAUGCCCUAUUUUUGUGACACACCUUUCUUCAGCAUGGAACGGGCUGCAACACCACUAUUUGGAGUGAAGCGCUAUGGUGCCCACCUGAAUGGCUAUACUUGGCGAAAUGAUGAAAUGCACAUGUGGCUGGCCCGUAGGGCCUUGAACAAACCCACAUAUCCUGGCUUAUUGGAUAAUUUGGCUGCAGGUGGCAUUUCAUCAGAGCUGGGUGUCAGAGAAACACUAAUAAAAGAAUGCCAAGAAGAGGCUUGCAUUCCUGCUUCCCUUGCUACAUUAUCCAAAUCUGUUGGAACUAUCAGCUACACAUAUGAAGGAUCAGAUGGAGGCAUCUAUCCUGAAUGCCAGUUUGUAUAUGACCUGGAGCUGCCUGAAGAAUUUGUGCCCCAAGUGGGGGAUGGAGAAGUGCAAGAAUUUUAUCUUUGGUCACUUGAUAAGGUGAGAGGGGCCAUUGGAUCUUCCGAUUUCAAGCCCAACUGCGCAAUGGUAGCACUGGAUUUUCUAAUCAGACAUAGUUACAUUCAACCUGAUCAAGGUAGGCGUCCUCAAUGUCAGCUAUGUAUGGUCAAAGUAAAAAAAAUUAACUCUGGGAAGAGAGACGGGGGAGAAAAUGACAAAGAGAGGCUUCUUUGUAGAAGUACCAUGCAUACAGAGCUUUCCUCUGCUUCUCUCUUUUCAGAACCCCAUUAUGUAGAGUUGGUGGAAGGGCUACACCAGAGCCUUUGAAAAGCCAAGAGCUACCUGUUGAGAUGAGAGUUUUCCCUGUAUUUUCUUUUUGCUAAAGCCAAGACCAG